CGACGCAGCUGUGCUUCUGAGGGUGUUAUUGUUUUGAAACGGAGCUGCGAAAUUCUACAUAAUUCUUAUAAUUAAAAAAAAAGACUUUCCUUUGCCGAUCAUUCUAAAAACAUUUCAUAUAUUCUACACGAAUAUAUGGCUGAUAUGGCUAACGAACUAACGUCUGAACCCCCACCUCCGCCUCACUCCUCCUCCUCAUUUUGUCAUUCUCCUCCUUCUCCUGCUCCAGCGGCCUUGCCUUUUACCACUCGCUGCUUUUCACCCAACAGGAAUACACAGUCUGAUCCAGAGGAUGAAGAAGAGAAUUAUGGUGCUAACGGAUUAGUGGUGGAUUAUGACUCUGGUGACGUUGAGGAGUCUUCGAAAGAUGAUUUUUCCUCAGUGCCUGUGCAGGAGACGAGCCCCGAGACCAAAUAUCAGACAGACUGGCAGUCUGAGGGAGAGAAUGCUUUCAACCAUGGCCUUUCUCAGCAUCAGAUGGAGCCGGAUCCUGAACAGCCAAAUAAGCUGUUUGAGGUGCUGCCUACACCAGUAAGAGAGGAGACAAGGGAGGAGCGUCUUCACCCUGGCACUAUAGAAGACGAGGAAGAAACUGACAAUAACAGUCAGGUUAAUGAACAAAUGGAAGAAGAUGACUUGUAAGAAGUUGAAGGAUCUGGAUUUUCUGAAGUUCAGGUUGUCAACGUGCACAACAAUCCCUGCUUACUUAAGUCAGCUUUAAAGAAGAAUGAGAUCCUGAACUAUUUUAUAUACUGAUAAUAGAUGUUGUAGUCACUGGCAUUUUAGAAGUAGUAGGUUUUGUAAUCUAACUCAGUGUUUCUCAACCUUUUUUCAGUCACGGCAGCCUUUAAAAGUAUGCAAAAUCUCAAGUCACCCCAGUCUAAAAUGUAUAAAAAAACUUACUCUGCAUCCCUCGGACUGCUAACACACACGCACACACACCAUAAGGUGUCAUUUAGGGAGGGAGGGGUAAACGUGACUUACAUUUAAUGGGAAACCUGAGCCUGGGAUGAUGCACACAAUCGCCCUAUUCUGGCAGGGAUGGAUGAGAGGCAGACACGGAGUUCCUGGUCCAGAGCCCUCAGUCGCUCCCUGUACUUGUUCUUGAUGUAAGUUAGACUCGAAAAGCUCAGUUCGAGCCAUGAACGAAUCAGAUUUAACAUAAUUAAACGAGUUUAUAGUUUA